UCCCUGUUUUGGAGAGGAAAGAGCUACCUAACAGGCAAAUUGGAGACGGAAAAGGGGGGAAAUCCAUUGAGGAGGAAGGAUAUCGAGGAAAGUAACACAUCAUCAGGGCUUACUGGCAUCCAUCAUCACCCAAUAUAGCUUUCGCAGAGGUGCCGGAAAGUUUCCACCUAGGGGGGGACACCCUCCCCUUGUUGUGGGGGAUGAACAGCGUAUGCUGAAUUUCAUUCCUGAAGGCAGGAGGAGAGCUGUGAAGACCGGCUGGAUUCACUCGCACUGGAGCUGGUAGUGCGCACCAGAAGAGAUCCUACAGUGCCUCUUUCUCUCUCUAGCUCAGCCUCUCUCACACGCAUUUUCCAGCAGAACGCACAUUAGUUCACUGUGCCAAGGUGGAAUAUCUGGGGAAACGACCCAAAACUAUUUCUCCUGAAGCAAGGAAGUAAAGGGGGACCUGAUUAUGCACAGAAUCAAUGGACAUCCUCAUCACAUAAAGCUGAAUCUGUGUAGGCACCUAUCCGCUCUCCUGGCAGAAAGCAGACAUGCUCUUCGCCUCUGUUCCAGUAUGACCCUGGAGUAAGUGACCUGUGAAGGGAGUCACACAGGGAUUUUUCUAAAGGACUUCUCUGCUUCUGUACGAGUGUGUGUGGCCGUCUGACAUCGGGAAGCCCAGCAGAUAAAAGACAGAAAAUUGGGAGGACCACAUCAACAGAGGGAGUAGAAGAAUAGGCCAUGGCUGAGGGGAUGAUUACUUCUCAAAGUGAACCGUGACAAAAUGGUCGACUGUAUGAGCAAAGUCAUGCUGCACACGGUCGUCUCAUGCUGGCAACCUUUCCUGGGGCUGGCCCUCGUGGCUGUCUUUGUGGGCUCUACCCAGGGAUGUCCCUCACGCUGCGAUUGUUCUGCGCAGACCAAGGCAGUUGUCUGUCACCGCAAGCGCAUGCCCACCAUCCCGGACGGCGUCCCGACAGAGACCAGAAUCCUGGACCUGAGCAAGAACAAGCUGACAAUGAUCAAUCCUGAUGACUUUGUGGCCUUUCCUGGGCUCGAGGAACUUGAUCUCAGUGGAAAUAUCAUCAGUUACGUUGAGCCUGGAGCUUUCAACGCCCUGUUUACCAUGCACUCGCUCAGUCUUAAGAGCAAUCGCAUUAAGCUCAUUCCCCUGGGAGUCUUUUCAGGUCUAACUAAUCUUACCCGGCUGGAUAUAAGUGACAACAAGAUUGUCAUCCUCCUGGAUUAUAUGUUUCAGGACUUGCACAAUCUAAAGUAUUUGGAAGUGGGCGACAACGAUCUGGUUUACAUUUCUCACCGUGCAUUCAGUGGACUUUUGAGCCUAGAGAUUCUAACCCUAGAAAGAUGCAACCUCACAGUUGUUCCCACUGAGGCCCUCUCCCACCUGCACAAUCUUGUCGGCCUCCAUCUACGUUACCUUGGCAUCCACACUUUGCAUCCUUACUCAUUCAAAAAGCUGUUCAGGCUGCGGCAUUUAGAAAUUGAUAAUUGGCCUUCGCUAGACCAUGUGCCAGCCAAUACCCUGCAUGGCCUGAACCUGACAAAGCUGUUUAUAACCAAUACCAACUUGUCCUCCUUUCCCUAUCAAGCCCUGAAGCAUUUGCCCUUCCUGACACACCUCAACCUGUCCUACAACCGCAUCAGGCACAUUGAAGGAGGGAUGCUCAUGGAGCUUGUUCGCCUGCGAGAGCUUCACCUGGUUAGUGCUCAGUUGACCGCCAUCGAGCCAUAUGCCUUCCAGGGUUUGCGGGGGCUAAAAGUCCUCAAUGUCUCUCACAACCGACUGGAUACACUGGAGAAAGGCGUUUUCCAGUCCCCUGAGGCUCUGGAGGUUCUUCUGAUUGACAACAACCCAUUGGUAUGCGACUGUCGUCUCAUGUGGAUACUACAGAAAAGGCACUCCAUCUUCUUUGGGGAUUCACAACCGGAGUGUAGUACACCUGAAGGUAUCCGAGGAAGGCCUUUUAAGGAGUUUAAGGAGACCCUUCUGUCUUAUUACGUGACAUGCACCAAGCCAAAAAUUCGUGAGAAUAAAACACAAACCAUCACUGUGGAUGAGGGCCAGCGGGCGAUGCUACACUGCAGUGCUGAGGGGACACCCCGACCCACUGUGUCCUGGCUGUCCCCUCGGCGACGUGUUCUGACGAGUAGGAGCCAUGGCCGAGUGACCGUCCACAACAACGGUACACUGGAGAUCAAGUCUGCAGAAGUACAAGAUGGCGGAGUCUACCUUUGCCUUGCAUCAAACACUGCCGGAAAUGACACCCUGAUGACUUCAUUGGCAGUGAAAAGCCUGGGAUCACUCUACGCUAACAGGACCCAGUACUACACAGAUCCCAGCAACACCACUGCCAAUGUGACGACCGGUGUGACCCUCGGUUUGGACCUAAAGACUAUUCUAGUGUCAACGGCGAUGGGUUGUUUUACGUUUCUGGGAGUGGUCUUGUUUUGUUUCCUGCUCCUUUUUGUUUGGAGCAGAGGAAAAGGAAAACAUAAAAACAACAUAGAUGUUGAAUAUGUGCCUCGGUCAAAGUCUAACGGCACCAAUGUUGACUCGGCAGAAGGACAAGCCGGUCCUCGUCGUUUUAAUAUGAAAAUGAUGUGACUUCUUUUGUACAUUCGAGAUUCUGGAUUGUGGAAAUGCCCAAAGUACAGUGUAUUUUUUUGCGAAUAGGACUGCUGGACUUUCCAAUAAUGCAGGAAGAGUGAGAAGGUCUGGGGCAUCAUCAAGAAGAAUAGUAUCUUAAAUCGGUGGAUCAUGACAAAAAUGCUUGGAUACUAUGUUUCAUGAACUGAAAUGUGUAGGUGGACUUCCUCUUAAACAACUGACAGCGGACAACUUCUUCAACACGGACGAGGAGUAAAAACUGUUGGCGCCAAGAGGACAUUGAGGCAGUAGGUGUCAUUUAUCAGCUUUUUGAAAUUUAUACACCCAAAAAGAAACCUUUGGGUUGGAUCAACAGACUGCUGAACCAUGUACAGUACAAAUUUGUAUCUGAGCUAUUAACCUACUUUGUUUAGUCUUGCUCCAUGCUUACUCACUGGACAAAUCAAUGAAACUGACCAUUUCCUCUGUUCAAUACUUUGCAUAUGUGUAAUUGAUGCUUCAUUUUGUACAUGUAUGUACAAAUUCAUUCAAAAGAACUAUUCAUAGCAAUAUUCAUGGGCUGCAGUAGCCAAAAUUGAUAUAACCCCACGUGAACAUUCUUCAGACUUUUGAAGUUUCCAUGGAUUCAGGAAGGGCUUUCAUGGGUGAAUAUCUGUCCCUGCUAACCCAACCCACUCCUAGAUAUUAAUACAUAUAUAUUAUUUAUCAAUGACAAUAGGAGAAAAAAAAUAUUUAUGAGAAAUGUUGAGUAUUUUUCAAAAAUCCGUCCUCAGACACCGUCCAGGAUCGAGCAUAACAGCAGGAUCAGCAUAAAGUUGACCCAGUAUUGGUCAAAGUACCGACACAAACCACCUUUCCUUCUAUUUUUGUCUCUUUUUAUUCCUUUGACUGUACCUUUACUGGUUGGCAAACUACAUGUGUCAAUUUUACUACAGUGACAUUUGCAUCAUUUUCCCCAGUAAGAAAUUUGGACUUUGUUGUGGUAGUUUCUCAUUUUGUUGUUGAAUCAUUUAGAUUGUGAAAACUUCAAAAGUAAAAAGUAAAAAAAUGUAUGUGAAAUAAAUGAAGAUGUAUUUGUACCAAUGAGUCGGGCAUUAAUGUUGUUACAUAAUGAAAUCUGUUAUUCUCCGGCCUCAUCGACAUAUUCUUAAGAGAAGGACGUCUCUGAUGUUUCAUUUCAUUUCAGUUGCCAUGAAUAGACGAGGCCUAGGUGUCAUAGGCCUAUUCAAAUGUUAUCGUGAUUACACAUUAUUCAAAUAUAUUGGUUAUUACAGACCAAUCGAUAUUUAUUGAGUAUUUAUGUCUUCAGUUGACCACGUUUCAUUGUUUGACUACAGACCUAAUCCUUUGUCUAUUUCUUGGCUGAGUAGAAAGCUCCUGUUAUCAGACUCAUCACUUGGCCUCUUUCUUUUUGGCUAACCGCUGCAGGGCAGAGCUUAUCAGCUGUUCUCUUCACAGAGAUGUAUUGAAUGUGUAGAUUCUGUUAAGUUGCUGUUGGGCUGAGAGUCUAAAUAUCUGUUUUACCUUGUGCUGAAAACUUUGAAGCAGACACACUUAUAGAUUGUUUGCUCCGGGCAAAAAGAUAAAUGUUUUUAAUUGUUCUCAUUUUGAUGGAUACAGACUCCAGGUAAACGUCCAGCAGACCACUGCACCAUUAUCUCUGGUUUACAAACACACAGCCGGGUCUCAAUGACUUCAGAGGACAUAACAUUGACCCACAUUGAUUUCCUAGACACGUACUCUAACCUUGCUUAACCCUCACACUAACCUGACCCUAGCCUUAAGACAUGUCGUCUUCUGUUAAGAUUUAAUGAUCUACUUAUCGGGGAAUUGCCUUUUGUCCCCAAAAGGAAAACAAGUCCUCAGAGUGUGACUGAUUAAGGUCCCUUCAAGCUGGAGAUUAUCAUUCAUCUUCUAAAAUUGACCAGGUUCAGCGGGAUCUGUAAAGAUUAGAUCUGGAUCAAACUGUUUUUUGGGAAUAUAUUCUGAGAGAUUUUAAUGAGGUGCAGCAACUAACAUUCUGAAAUGUGUUCAUCAGACUAACGAGAGGUAGUGGUGGCAGAUGGACUUUACGAUUUUUUGUAGUAACAGAUUAGUAAUGAUAAUAUAGCUACAUCAUUACCCUGCUGUGAUCCAAAGAUAGUGUUAUACAUAAAGAAUUACUUCCUAAGGGCCGGCAGUGAGACUACACUUCUGCUGACAUUAACCACUGGAUGUACUUAUUCAGAAAUUAUUGGUUUCUAUUUUUUCCACAGCAUCUUUCUCCGGUGCUGUCCCUCAUUUGCUUCGUCUCAUUAGCAGCCACAGUGGAUGUUUGGUUUCUGAGCCUGCACUCCCCUGGGCUGCCUCGGAAAUCAGAGCACCAAGUGGUAAAGCUCCUCCAAAAAUACAAAAGAAACAAGGUUAACUUUGUAGGCCAGUGCUGCCCACGACCACAGUGUUAAUUUAGUCAAAUCACAGGAAAGAUGUAGGACCUGCGAGCAGGAUUUUACAUUCCUGUACAAAUGAAGCCUCCAAAGUUGAAGCUGCUGUCUCUCUUCUUGUUUAAUGAGGUGUGCCUGUGUGUAUUCAUAUACAUGGGGU